AUGGAAGCCGUUGGGGCAGCCGCAGGUGUGGUCGCUCUAAUUGAGCUGGCGGCCAAAAUCAGUUCUGCCUGCGGUCAAUACUUAGGUGCGGUCAAGAAUGCAACAAAGGAUAUCAAUCGGCUUCGAAAAGAGGUCCAGGAAUUGCAAGGUCUACUCGAACAGGUCCACCAGCAUCUUGAUGGUCCCAACGCUGCCAGACUCGCCGCUUCCAGGGUGAUGAAAGAUGCGAUUGAAACCUGCAGAUCCGAGCUUCCAGUGUUGAAUCAGAGAUUGACUCCGACCAGGGCGCGCAAGCUCAUCAGUCGAGUGAACGUUCAAGCAUUAAAGUGGCCUUUUGAAACUGCCGAUGUGGACAAGUUUCUUCGUCGAUUGGAAAGAUGCAAACAGUCCAUCUUGCUCGCUCUUCAAGUCGACCAGACUCACUUGACCUUAGCCCUACAUCACAAAGUUGAUCUCGCGAAGCUGCCUUCGGCUGAGGGAGCAGCCUUCGAUUCGCAUACGGACGAGCAAAAUGCAAGGUGUCACCCUGACACGAGAAUCGAUCUCCGAAACCAAGUCAAACAAUGGGCCGUUGAUCGACGAAGUAAAGGAAUAUUUUGGCUAUGUGGGGUCGCAGGCACGGGAAAAUCCACAAUCUCACGGACGGUCGCUCAACACUUUGCGGAGGAGGGUACACUAGUCGCCAGCUUCUUCUUCAAAAGGGGCGGAGGUGAUCGCGGAAACGCGUCACGAUUCUUCACCACGAUCGUUAGCCAAAUGAUCGUGAAGGUGCCCGCGUUGUCGCCAUUGGUCAGUGAAGCGAUCGAGGCAGAUCCAAGUUUGACGGCCAAAUCAUUGAGUGAUCAAUUCGAAAAGCUUUUCCUGCAACCACUGUCAAAGAUACUCACCCCGAAACCGGUGCCAAGGCUGAUCAUAGUAGUUGAUGCGCUGGACGAGUGCGAGUCGGAGGGACACGUCAGAACCAUGCUGUCUCUGUUAUCUCAAGCUCCGAACAUCACAUCUGUGAGUCUUCGGACCUUUGUAACCAGCAGGCCGGACCUGGCGAUCCGGCUCGGCUUCAAGAACAUCUCUGGUGGAGUGUAUCAGGAUUUUAUCCUUCACGAGAUCCCUCGGCCGACAAUCGAGCGCGACAUUGCCAUAUAUUUGAAUACCACGUUCUCGUCAAUACGAAACGAACAUAAUAGCCUUUACCCUCGUCGCCCAUUGCCGUCUGACUGGCCGGGAGAUGCAGAUAUCCAAACUCUGGCUGGUAUGGCAGUCCCGUUGUUUAUCUUCGCCGCUACCGUCUGCCGGUUUGUGGGAGAUCACAGAGGUAAUCCACGACAACGCUUGCAGUCCGUUUUGAUUCAAGCUGCAAGGCAUGUGUCUCAACUGGACCAAACUUAUUGUCCAAUCUUGGAUGCGUGGCUCACUGCCCGGCCGGCCAAGGAACACUCUGAAGCGGCUUUCAAAAAUGUGGUUGGCUCAAUUAUUCUGCUUGCCCGUCCGCUUUCUGGAAUCGCUCUCGCAAGUCUUCUCGGAAUUGACGAGACAGUUGUGGACAGCACUUUGAUUGAUCUACAUUCAGUUCUCCGUGUUCCGGCUGAUGGAGAGACUCCAAUCGAACUUCUACACCAAUCGUUCCGCGAAUGUCUCAUCGACCCCAACAAGGAGGGAAAUAGUCCAUUUUGGAUUGAUGAGAGGAGAGCACACGAGAUGCUCACAAGAAGAUGUCUUGAGUCGAUGCGGCGUGCUUUGAAAAAAAAUCCCUGUGGGAUCUUGAGUCCGGGGACGUUGCGGUCCGACAUUAGCACUCAGAUAAUCGACCGCACCCUCACUGCGGAUGUCCGAUACGCAUGCCAGUACUGGGCCUAUCAUCUAGAACAAAGUGGAGGACAAAUUGCCGACGGGGAUUCCGCCCACAACUUCCUUUCAGAACAUUUUUUGCAUUGGCUCGAAGCAUUGAGUUUGAUAGGACGGAUACAGGAGGGCGCUGCAAUGCUUGGACAGUUAGAGGCAUGUCUUGCCCCCAAAUCUAGCGACCAGAUCGCCAGUCUGAUCUUCGAUGCCGAGCGUUUCCUCGCUAAAAACCAAGCGUUGAUUGAGAGCGCGCCUCUCCAGUUGUACUCUUCUGCGCUCGUAUUCAGUCCUACCACUAGCAUUGUGAGGAACUUAUUCAAAAGCAAAAUCCCAGCUUGGAUUCAGGGUUUCCCGAAUGUGAAAUCUACUUGGGGUGCAGAGUUGCGAGCGCUGGAGGGCCACACUGAUUGGGUGAGUGCGGUGGCGUUCUCACACGACGGCAAGCUGCUGGCGUCGGCAUCGGACGACAAGACAAUCAGGCUCUGGGAUCCGGCAACUGGGGCGACGGUGCAGACACUGAAGGGCCAUACUGAUUGGGCUCUGGGAUCCGGCAACUGGGGCGACGGUGCAGACACUGGAGGGCCAUAUUUAUGGGGUGAGUGCGGUGGCGUUCUCACACGACGGCAAACUGCUGGCGUCGGCAUCGAACGACGAGACGAUCAGGCUCUGGGAUCCCGCAAGUGGGACAACAGUACGGAUGUUUGA